UUCUUGAAGUGCCAAAAUUUCACCACUACCUCCUCGAGUCUCACCUCUCACUAGGACAGAAUGGCAGCCCCCAUGGCGCAAGCAACAGCAGCUGGAACUAAAGAAGUAAUCCUGAGUACAGCCAGAAAGUUCGUUGACUUCGUGAAUAAGUGCCAGUCACCUUUCCAUGUUAUUGAGGAGUGCAGGACCAUCCUGAAGGCAGCAGGCUUCAGUGAGCUGCGUGAGGCUGAUCAAUGGAAAAUAGAACCCAAUAACAAGUACUUUAUGACGAGGAACCAGUCCAGUGUGGUAGCCUUUGCUGUGGGAGGAAAGUAUGAACCUGGCAAUGGCUUCACUAUCGUGGGAGCACACACAGACAGCCCAUGUCUGAAGGUGAAGCCCAAGUCCAACAAGCUGAAGAGCGGUUACCAGUGUGUAGGUGUGGAAUGUUACGGAGGUGGUAUCUGGCACACCUGGUUUGACCGGGACCUCACUGUAGCCGGCAGAGUCAUGGUCAAGAAUGCGGACAAGAUCGAGCACCGGUUGGUCCACAUCGACCGUCCAAUCCUGCGUGUACCGAACAUCGCCAUCCACCUUAUGAGGGACACUAAUGACAACUUCGGCCCAAAUAAGGAAACCAACAUUGUACCAGUCCUGUGUACAGCAGCACAGGCACAGUUGGAAGGGCACACUUCACCAAAGAAGGGGGAGGAUCCAACAUGCCAGGCUGACAAGCACCCCCCAGUGCUGGUGUCCCUCCUGUGUACUGAGCUGGGCAUCCAGAGGCAGGACCUUCUGGACUUUGAACUGUGUCUAGCCGACACUCAGCCUGCUGUCAUCGGUGGCGCCCUGAAUGAGUUCCUCUUCUCCCCAAGACUGGAUAACCUGCUCAGCAGCUACUGUGCCUUACAGGGACUUAUUGAGUCCAGUGGUGGAGAGGGGUCACUGACCUCUGACCCUAACAUCAGGCUCAUUGCGCUGUAUGACAAUGAAGAGGUAGGCUCACAGUCUGCCCAUGGAGCAGGGUCCAUGCUGACUGAACACAUCCUGAGGAGGCUGUCUGUGGGGGGCCAUGCAACCUGCUUCGAGGAGGCCAUCCCCAAAUCAUUCCUCCUCAGUGCAGACCAGGCACACGCUGUCCAUCCUAACUACUCAGAGAAGCAUGAAGAGGACCACAAGCCCAUGUUUGGGAAGGGAAUUGUUGUCAAGUUCAAUGCCAACCAGAAGUACGCCACCACGGCUGUGUCAACGUCUAUCCUGAGGGAGGUGGCGACUAAGGCUGAUGUUCCUCUUCAGGACUUUGUGGUGCGUAAUGACAGUCCUUGUGGCUCCACCAUCGGUCCCAUCCUGUCAGCCAAGCUGGGCAUGAAGACUGUGGACAUCGGAGCACCUCAACUCAGCAUGCAUUCCAUCAGGGAGAUGGGCUGCACUGCCAGUGUGCACCAGAGUAUUGCACUCUACAGGACGUACUUCCAAGAGUAUCCGUCCAUCUACAACAGUGUGAAUGUGGACUAGACAGGAGUCCAAUUCUUAAGGAACAAUGUGUCAUGAGCUGAAAUAAUCAGGCCUUAGAUAAAGAGUAGAUGUUUACAAAGUGCAAUUACAGAAAAUUAUGCAACUUCAAUACAAGAUUUUACAGUACAUGUAGUUUAACAGGGAUGACCAAAUUGCUGUGGCAUGCCUCCAGAAUGCUUAGUUAACCAUUAGCAGCCUACAUGUGCUACCUUUGUGCCAUACAUGUAUGUGCAUUUGGUACACUGGAAAGUUGGGGUGCUGGUUAAUGCUUCUGGAGAUGAAAAACACAGACCAUAAGGCAUAACUGCCAGGAAAUAAAGGAGUGUGUUGGUACAGACGCCAACAGUAUAUGCUGGUAGCCUGUUAUUGUGAAAGAUUCCUGAUGCUUUUGGAACCAUUAUUUUUUUUGUGGUUCCACUGGUAUAUCAUCACACAUAUUCUUAGUCUUUUGUGCGCUCCCCCCCCCCCCACUUCUUUGAAAACUUAAAAAGGGAUCUGUACUUAAUAGGGGAUUAUGUCAAAUUGUUGGAAGUCAACUCAAUGUGUACCGAGCUAUGUGUGAGACUGAAACAUGAUUUCUACGAAGGUGCCUUAGUUGUUGGUGUACUCUUGUCCAAAAUUAACUGUGCUAUGAAGCGUCAGAUAAAAACAUGAUGCAAAUCAUUGUGCUUCAAAGAACUAUUUAUUCAUUUUCUAUAGUUUACUGUCUUACAGUAUUUGUCUUUGCACACAAAAAUGUACACACAGACACAUAUACACAUACUCCUAACACAAGGUCAGUAGUCAUUAAUAAAAACAAAAGUAAUGCCUCAACACCAAAACAGUUGCUAUAAAUAAUUGGCACUUCCAACAUGAAACUACAUGUCAAAAAUUGUGGUUGAGUCCUAUCUUGAGUGAUUCUAAGAUAGUUUUUUUUCUUUCUUGGGUACAAUGACACUUAUGGGUACAAGUACUUAGAUAUGAAGAUUGUCGAUGAUAAUUGAUCCUAAGAAUUGACAAA